GUCCAGUUUUGUCCACAAAAGGCACCACCGCACCACUCACAAUUCUCACAGAACCAAAGUGUUCGACGGAGCAUGGCCUCCAGCUCGAGAGACGACCGUGCGGGAGCUGCAGCGCCGCGCCCGCGCAUCGUCCUCCUCCCGAGCGCCGGCAUGGGCCACCUGGCGCCCUUCAGCCGUCUCGCCGCCGCCCUUUCCUCUGGCCACGCCUGCGACGUCUCCCUCGUGACGGUCCUCCCCACCGUCUCGUCCGCCGAGUCCGGCCAGCUCGACGCGCUCUUCGCCGCGUUCCCGGCCGUCCGCAGGCUCGACUUCCACCUCCCGCCGCUCGACGCGCCCGAGCUCUCCGGUGCCGACCCGUUCUACGUGCACUACGAGGCCACGCGCCGUUCCGCGCGUCUCCUCGCCCCGCUCCUCGCCGCCGCCGACGCGUCCGCGCUCAUCGCCGACAUCUCGCUGGCCUCCGUGCUGAUCCCCGUGGCCAGCGAGCUCCGCCUCCCGUGCUACGUCUUCUUCACCGCGUCCGCCACCAUGUUCUCCUUCUACGCCUACUACCCCACCUACUUGGACGCCACGGGAGCCGGCGACGCCGACGUCCCCGGGGUGUACCGCAUCCCGAAGUCUUCCUUCCCGCAGGCUCUGCACGACCGUAACAACCUCUUCACUCAGCAGUUCGUCGCCAACGGCCGGAGCCUGUCGAAAGCCGACGGCCUCCUCAUCAACACGUUCGACGACUUGGAGCCGGAGGCCGUGACGGCGCUGCGACAGGGCUCGGUUGUCCCUGGCUUCCCGCCGGUGUUUACCGUCGGGCCGCUCAGCCCGGUGAGCUUCCCGGCGAGGGCAUCCUCUGACUACUCGGCAUGGCUCGACGCGCAGCCGGAGCGGUCGGUGGUGUACGUCAGCUUCGGCAGCCGGAAGGCCUUAGCCCGGGACCAGCUCAGCGAGCUCGCCGACGGUCUUGAAGCGAGCGGUUGCCGGUUCUUGUGGGUGGUGAAGGGCGCCGUCGUGGACAAAGACGACGGCGCCGAGCUCAGCGAGCUGCUCGGCGAAGGAUUCUUGCAGCGGGUGAGCGGCCGCGCACUCGUGACCAAGGCGUGGGUGGAGCAAGGGGAGGUCCUGAAGCACCCGGCCAUCGGAAUGUUCGUCAGCCACUGCGGCUGGAACUCGUUGACCGAGGCGUUUGCGACCGGCGUGCCGGUGCUGGCGUGGCCGAGGUUCGCCGACCAGCGGGUGAACGCCGGCAUUGUGGCGCGCUGUGGGGCCGGCGUCUGGGUCGAGCGGUGGAGCUGGGAGGGGGACGAUGGGGUGGUGAAGGGGGAGGAGAUCGCGGAGAAGGUGAAAUCAGUGAUGGCAGACGAGAUGUUGAGGAGGAGUUCUACGGUGGUCCGCGAGGCCGCGACGACGGCCGUGGCUGGUGGCGGGACGAGCUACCGGAGCUUGGCGGAGCUUGUGGCACGCUGCUGUCAUGGUAGUGCCUUACAGUAACGCGACAUCAGAGGAAGGAAUCUUGGACAAAAACGUACGGCGUAAUUGGUUUGCUAUCAAUAUUCCAACAUUUGGCAAAAUCAGAAAUUGUUAAUACUUGACAACUUUUUGUGAGAUUUGCAAUGGAAAUUGGCAAGCAACCAAUCUCUAACCAAUAUUUGGCAUGUCAACUUUUGGCAUCAAUCCAAUUAUGCUCGUGGUAUUUCCGAUCGAGUAGUUUUAGAGGGAUUGACACGAUGAUUCCAAAAGUGUGGGAGCAGUAGAACGAAAAUAUGAUAUUUGCGAUCGGGAUUGCUAAA